AUGACCUUUGCCCUGCAUCUGAACCCGCAACACCCUGGGGACGAUCGCCCCAGCUACUACGACCGCAACCGCGAUCAGGUGCGCGAGAACCAGCGGCAAUACCGAGAAAGCAACCGCGAAAAGAUUCGAGCCAUUCACAAGGCGUACUACCUCAAGAACCGGGCGAAAAUCACAGCAUACAAACGCGAACGAUGGCAUCAAAAGAAGGCUAGCAACGCCAAGGUGGCACAAUCCAAGACUGGUAGCCCCCAAACAACCAACACCACCUCGUACCAGUGCCCCGAGAGCUGGCAACUCCCCAAUCUGUCGCACUCCCACCGACCCAGCGCUUCAGUCAAGAUGCAUGUCGGCUUCCUCUUGAAUGCGUAG